CUCAGCCCCUCCUUCCUUCCUCUCUCAGCAGUCACGCUGUUGUCGCGGGCUCCCGUGCUCUGACAGAAAAACCGGUCAAAAUGAAGAUUUGGACGUCAGAGCACAUUUUCAACCACCCAUGGGAGACGGUGACCAAGGCUGCGAUGCAGAAGUAUCCCAAUCCCAUGAACCCCAGUGUCUUUGGUGUGGAUGUUCUGGACAGAAGUGUGGACACUGAGGGACGGUUACACAGCACCAGACUGCUCAGCACAGAGUGGGGGCUCCCUGCUUUGGCCAAGUCGAUGUUUGGGGUAACAAGAACAUGCACGUAUGUCCAGGAACAUUCAGUAGUGGACCCUAAACAGCAGACCUUUGAGCUGCAGUCUACAAACAUUUCCUUUACCAACCUCGUGUCUGUGGAUGAGAAGUUGACAUACAAGCCACAUCCACAGGACCCAGAAAAGACAGUGCUGACACAGGAGGCUCUGAUCAGUGUGAAAGGUGUCAGUCUGAGCAACCACCUCGAGGGUCUCAUGGCCAAGACCAUAUCCGUCAAUGCCAGCAAGGGUCGGGAGGCGAUGGAGUGGGUAAUCAGACGGUUAAACGCAGAAAUCGAGGAGCUGACUGCCACUGCUCGCGGUACCAUGCGAUCCCCCAUGGCGGCAGCAGUUGCAGAUAAAUGAUCUGGAGCUUCCCGGUUUCUUACUCCACCAUCAUGAACCGAUGGGCUUCUCUGUAAUUUUCCCCUCAAAGGGGACCCUCACCUCAUCUGCCAACACAGCCUAUUAACCACAGCCCCAUCCUUCGGCCCUGCGUUUGUUUGUCAUGAGAUCAUUGUUAGUCCUUCCUCAGCAGUCUGCGCCAACAGGCUUUUACACCAGUCAGGUAGUGACGAGGAAGCGUUGAGCUGAUGACGGUUUGAAACAAAUAAACAACACUUCUAUUGGACUGCACUUGAAGCUCAUAUGACUUGGUCUUGUGAUAUGGAAACUUUUUUUAGAAUUGAAUUCACAAUGUGCCUCUGAAUCAUCUCACCGGGUUCUUCCUUUUGUCUCUCACAUUUCAUCAUCGCUUUCAAAUCUUCAUAAACAAGCAGAGGAUGGCUCGAUUGGAGCAACUUUAAUGUCAACCUUUGGAUUGAUUGACCAUGCCGUGCACAGCAAAGCUGACUGAAAUGUCUCAAAACCAAAUGCUGCCAUGCACACAGACUGUAAAAGAAUAUGAAAGUAAAGGGGAAACUGUAAGUUACAAACUGCAUCAGCUUUCUGUCAGGUGGAUGGAUCAGAUCCCGUGUACCUUUGGGUGAUGUUUUCACCAUAGCAGAAACACUUUGAAGAAGUGCAACUUCCCUCAGAACAUGGGUUAGACUUUGAGGUCUGAACAGUUCAAACGUGCUGCUCAGAGACGAUAGGAAGUGCUGGCAGUCAAAAAAUAAAAGCCAGUAUGCAGAUGUACUUCAGUGAUACUGCAUCAUAACUGUGUCAGGGGUCACAGGAGAGUGAGAGAAGGUGUUGUAGAGCAAUGAAGGCAGCUUAGACUUGUUAUUUAACAAACGUCUCAGUGCAUUUAAACCAAGUGGAGCAGACUGUUUGUGUUACUAAUCCAUAACUACUGGUGUAUAUGCCACAGCUGUCAGCACAGUGGACCGGACUUUGGAAGCGUUGUUCUUUUUCUUCACCCACUUGUGGGUCACUGUGGUCGAGUUUUGCUUCAAGAAUACUUGAUUUCUGAAUUCAGUUUUUUCUUACAGUGAUGUGCUGUAUAGUUAAGUGUUACAGUAUGAGAAUGUAAAUACUUGAAUGUUUAACUUAUUUUCAGCAUAUAUACUUUAAGUGGCGGCAAGUCCUCGAAGGGUGCAAAUUAAAAAGAAGGAAAAGAAGAGAGGGCACUGAGCAACACGUCAGGAUUCACCAGUGUUUAGCGUGUUGUUAACGCUCACCAGUGUUGUGGUGCAGCCCUACAGGGUUACGUUCAGGGUCACAUUCUGUGCCUACAUGAGAAAUAGAAAUAACCAGUUUCACACCCCAGAACGCUUUAUUCUAACUUUAUUUGUGGCAAACGUGCUCUGUUUUAUUUAAUUGUUAUUUAUUUUGUAUUUGUAACAUUUACAAAGGCUGAACUGACCAACUAAGAACUGUUGGCUUGUGAUGUUGUGCAAAUUUGGUGCAGUUUCCCCCCCCCUCUUUAAAUCUUUCUUGUUUGUGUCAUAGAGAACUCUCAGGUGCUACAUUGUUAACAAUGGUUAGUGUCCCUAAUAAGUUUUUCAAAGACCACAAGGAGAUGAAAGAAAUGUUACAUCCUUUUUUUUUUCUUUUCUUUUUUUUUGUACUUACUAUAAAAUGUACAAAGCUACAAAUAGAAGUUUACAUGAGAAGGGUUUGUGGUACAUCUUAAGCUUUAUACAGUGUUAAAGUGUCCCUUCUUGGAUCUCAGCAGCAUUACAGGUCUUCCAAGAUGCUCCAUGGUUAGCUUUCUGUUUCGACAGCAUUACAUGCGUACUUCCAGUUUGACUCAUCAUUUAAAACAGUAACCGUCUGGUUUUCAGUUUCAUCAUGUGCAACCCACCUCUUGAUCAUUUUGUCUAAAACCUGACCCGUCCACACUGUCUCAUUUCAUGAAAUGUGAUGUUUUUCUAUGGGGAACAUUUUGAGAACAGUGGCUGUAAAUAGGCUUGUGUUGAUACUUUGGUGGUGUUACAUUCCAAGAAUGUGAACGUGGAACAAAAUCUAAAGUGUGCACACUGAAAUGUUUCAAAAUAAAGAGAUGUCAUUGUUUCAUGAA